GUCUAGUCUUCCUCUUCUAAAGCCCAAACCAUCUUCUUCUUCCUCCCUACCAUUUCCAUUUCCAUAUAAAAUCUUCUGCAACACAAGUUUUACUAGAUUCAUGUAGCUGAAUAAAACAAGGACGACAAGGUAUUCCAUUUCACAGGUACCGGCGUCGCCAUCAUCGCCGUCUUAUUCUCCAUAUACUCUCGAAUCUUCGCCGGAGAUUGUUUCGAUCUGUUCAAAGGUAGGAACAGUACGAUCGAUCAUGCGCUCGUGUUUCAACCGAUUAGAGAGGUGUUUGGGCCGACGGAGCGGCGACGGACUCUUGUGGCACAUGGACUUGAAGCCCCAUGCCUCCGGAGACUUCUCGAUCGCCGUUGUUCAGGCCAAUUCGUCCCUAGAGGACCAGAGCCAAGUCCUUACUUCUCCCUCCGCCACUUACGUUGGAGUCUACGACGGCCACGGCGGCCCUGAAGCCUCCCGCUUCGUCAAUCGCCACCUCUUCCCUUAUUUGCAACAAUUCGUGAGAGAGCAAGGAGGGUUGUCAACAGAUGUCAUUAAAAAGGCAUUUCAUGCCACAGAAGAGGAUUUCAUUCGAUUAGUUAAGAGUUCUCUGCCAGUAAGGCCACAGAUUGCUUCAGUUGGCUCUUGCUGUCUAGUGGGUGCAAUAUCUGGUGGUGAAUUGUAUGUGGCUAAUUUAGGGGAUUCGAGAGCAGUUCUAGGAAGGAGAGGUGUGGAUGGGGAUAGGAAGUCUGUUGUGGCAGAACGGCUAUCGACUGAUCACAAUGUUUCUUGUGAGAAGGUGCGGAAGGAGGUUGAAGAACUUCAUCCCAAUGAUUCACCUAUUGUGUUCUAUUGCCGUGGUGUUUGGAGAAUCAAAGGCAUAAUUCAGGUGUCGAGAUCCAUUGGUGAUGCCUAUCUUAAAAAACCAGAGUUUAACCGAGACCCAAUCUUCCAGCAAUAUGGACAUCCAAUACAUUUGAAGCAUCCUGUACUAACAGCAGAACCUUCGAUUGUCACCAGAAAAAUCCGACCACAAGAUCUGUUUCUGAUAUUCGCUUCGGAUGGACUGUGGGAACACUUGACCGACGAAGCUGCAGUGGAGAUAGUGUUCAAAAACCCAAGACUUGGAAUAGCCAAGAAAUUGGUGGGAGCGGCGAUCGAAGAGGCUGCCAAGAAGAGGGAGAUGAGAUGCAGAGACAUAGAGAAGAUCGAGAGGGGAACUAGGCGGCAUUUCCACGACGACAUUACAGUGGUGGUGAUAUAUCUGGACAGCCACAAUCAGAAGAAAGCUUCCCAUAAUCCUAAAAGGACUUCGAAUUCGACGAGCUGUGUUAGUGCUCCCAUGGACAUCUUCUCAUGUAACACAGCAGCCUACGUUACCUAAACGAACAACUUUGCUCGAGUUUCUUGAACAAGCUAAUUAAGGAGCCGAGAUUUUGUAAAUAAUACAGAGUAAAAAAAGACAGUUCGUGUGUAAUUAAUUAUGAGCAUAGGGCUUUUCUUGAAUGGAAAGACUGUGUAGAUAAAGAGUGGCGUUAUGAUGAGCAUGAAAACAUGGUGUGGUCUUUUGUUGUUUUGAGUCUCAUGAGCUUGCACAUU